UUCUUUAAUCAGUUCUCAAAUAUCAUCUUCAUUUCAAUAUGUUUGUUAUAUGCCAUAAAAACAUUCAUAGUUUCGCCUUAUACUUAUUUAUUUUUAUUGAGAGUAUUCAGGUUCUUACAGGUUGAUAAAUAAGUCAAAUUUUUGGUUGCUUUCUCAAUUAUUAAGAUAAAAGUUUAGUAAAUUCUCCCCAUCUAGAUUAUUAUCUUUUCUGAAGGCAUUUUUUCUAAAUAGUAACAUAACAAAUCAAUCUUUAAUUUGUAAACUCUAACCAACAUCUUCUCCAACUAAUUCAGUAUGACUAUAGAUGGGUAUUCAUAUAUAUGGCAAAAAUAACAUUUGCAAAACCACUUCCCUGCUCAUAAUUAAUUUCUCUCAGAAAAUAACUUUCGUAAUGGUAUACGAUGGACUCUAUUUUAAUGAUGGAUAUAAAAGCCCAGACUUCACCAUCAUACAAUGAAUACAUGUAAUGAAAUUCAACUUGAGCCUCUUAAUUCUUACCAAAAUAAAAAAGGGGAGAAAGCAAAGAACUGCCAUGAAUACUUUAAAUGAAGUAUUUAAUCUGAUUAUUUCAGGAGAAAAUGUCUCUCUUUCAAAAAUAUCUCAAGCAUAAAAAAUGUUCGUGAAAAAAAUUGUAGCUAACCCUGAAUUAAAUAGUUACUUUUAGUUAAAUAAUUUCAAAAGAAAAACUACAAAAAUUGUUUCAAAUUCUUAUGGGAAAAAUUUAUAUUUUGAGAGAUAGAGGAAUGAGACUAUUCUCCCUGAGAUUUAGGAUGAUGCUGAACAGCUGAGUGUGUAGAUUUUCUCACGUGAGAAAAAGUUUUACACUCAUUGACAUUUAAACACAAAAAAACGGGAGGCCGUGGGCACGCAGUUUGUCUCACAACUUCUUCGGUGCUUCCCGCCAAAACACGCGCACCCGCCCGACUGGGUUUCCAGUCUCGCAGAAAGCGUUUGCCCUUGGCCACUUGAAUUUCUGUUUCAGGUUAAGAACAAAAAGAUGCACCUGGACUUCCCUCGGAUCUCUCUUCAUUGUUAAGCUUUGGGUGGAAUUUGAGGGCCUUGAGCUGUAAGCCUUGCUACUUAAUAGAAAUCUGUCCUGCUCAACUCCGUGGACAAUUUGUCACCUACAGGAAGUGUCUCCCACUGAAGGCCUCCAAAGUUCUUUAAGCCACCAAAAAAAAAAAAAAAAAAAAAAACAGUGCCCAAGGUUGUCUGACAUCUGGCCUACCAAGUGUCCAUCAUGCUGGGCCCCGAGGGAGGUGAGGGUUUUGUGGUCAAGCUCCGUGGCCUACCCUGGCCCUGCUCUAUUGAGGACAUGCAGAACUUCCUCUCCUACUGCACGAUUUGUGGUGGGACUGCAGGUGUCCCCUUCAUCUACACUAGAGAGGGCAGGCAGAGUGGUGAGGCUUUUGUUGAACUUGAAUCAGAAGAUGAUGUAAAAAUGGCCCUGAAAAAAGACAGGGAAAGCAUGGGACACAGGUACAUCCAGGUGUUCAAUUCCCACAGAACCAAGAUGGAUUGGGUGUUGAAGCACAGGGGUCCCAACAGUGCUGACAGCUCCAACGAUGGCUUCGUCCGUCUUCGAGGACUCGCAUUUGGAUGCACAAAGGAAGAAAUUGUCCAGUUCUUCUCGGGGUUGGAAAUCAUGCCAAACGGGAUCACAUUACCUAUGGACCCUGAGGGCAAGAUAACAGGGGAAGCUUUUGUGCAGUUUGCCUCCCAGGAGUUAGCUGAGAAGGCUCUGGGGAAGCACAAGGAGAGGAUAGGGCACAGGUAUAUAGAAGUGUUCAAGAGCAGUCAGGAGGAAGUUAGGUCAUACUCAGAUCCCCCUCUAAAGUUCAUGUCUGUGCAGCGGCCAGGGCCCUAUGACUGUCCUGGCACAGCUAGGAGAUACAUUGGCAUCGUGAAGCAAGCUGGCCUGGAUAGGAUGCGGCCUGGUGCCUACAGUGCAGGCUACAGUGGCUAUGAAGAGUACAGUGGCCUCAGUGACGGCUAUGGCUUCACCACUGACCUAUUUGGGAGAGACCUCAGCUACUAUCUCUCUGGGAUGUAUGACCACAGAUAUGGAGAUGGUGAGUUCACAGUGCAGAGCACCACUGGGCACUGCGUCCACAUGAGGGGGCUGCCAUACAAAGCGACCGAGAAUGACAUUUACAAUUUCUUCUCUCCACUCAACCCCGUGCGAGUGCAUAUUGAGAUUGGCCCAGAUGGAAGAGUGACCAGCGAAGCAGAUGUAGAGUUUGCCACUCACGAAGAGGCUGUGGCGGCAAUGUCGAAAGACAGGGCUAACAUGCAGCACAGAUACAUAGAGCUCUUCUUGAAUUCAACAACAGGGGCCAGCAAUGGGACAUACAGCAGCCAGGUGAUGCAAGGCAUGGGGGUGUCAGCAGCCCAGGCCACUUACAGUGGGCUGGAGAGCCAGUCAGUGAGUGACUGCUACGGGGCUGGCUACAGCGGGCAGAACAGCAUGGGUGGGUACGACUAGUUUUGUAGGAACAUUUAAGUUUUUUCAAUCAAAUUUUCACAGGCAGCCAACAAGCAAUGAAGAGCAGUUAUAACUCAAGAGGAAGCUGUAGGGACCCAUUUUGCACCAUGAGUUUGUGAAAUCUGGAUUAAAAAAAUUACCUCUUCAGUGUUUUCUCAUGCAAACUUUUCUUCUAGCAUGUGAUAUUGAGUAAACUAAAACUAUUUUCAGCUUUUCCCAAUUAACAUUUUGGUAGUAUACUUUAGAGUGAUGUUAUCUGAGUUUAAGUAGUUUUGUUUUGUUUUUUUUUUAUUGUUGGGGAUUCAUUGAGGGUACAAUAAGCCAGGUUACACUGAUUGCAAUUGUCAGGUAAAGUCCCUCUUAAGUUUAAGUAGUUUAAGUAUGUUAAAUAUGGACCUUUUGCCACCACAUCGCAGUGAACACACUGGGGAGAUGUGCUUUUUUGGAAAACUCAAAGGUGCUAGCUCCCUGAUUCAAAAAGAAAUAUUUCUCAUGUUCAUUGUAGUUUAUUUUCAUUUAAAAUCUUUUAGGUUCAGUUUAAGCUUUUUAAGAGUUAGUUUUGAGAAUUGAGACACAAUACUAAUACUGUAGGAAUUGGUGAGGCCUUGACUUAAAACUUUCUUUGUACUGUGAUUUCCUUUUGGGUGUAUUUUGCUAAGUGAAACUUGUUAAAUUUUUUUGUUAACUAAAUUUUUUUCUUACAAUAAAGAUUUUUCCACAA